GUACUCCUUACCGGUGGCGACCCGGGAUCUCUUCACAUUUUUCAUUUCUUCAAGUUUGUUCAACACACUUUGUGGCCAUCCGACGACGGCUUCAGUUCCGCGAGUUUACCACUAGAUUUCAUUCCAGUCUUCAUUUUAGUUCGUCCAGUCCACACUGUCGUUUGUUCAGCUUUUACGCCUGUAAUCCGCAGUAUUUCGCUGAGCAGAACCUGCCUAACACCAAAAUAAUUGUAUUUGCUCAGGCACUGUCUCUAGCCAUUGGAAGGCAGGAAAAGAAGGGAAAGCCCAACUGAGCGUGUAUCGACGGCCUGUUUCGUGCCCGUAGAGUUUGUCGGUGCUGGUCGGGAAGGUCUGCGGGACCUCUCCUGAGCUUCGGCCAUGGCCGAGAUCAAUCCGAACGAGGCGGCUCGCUUCAAUGAGCUCAUCCAGGGAGCUAUACCGAACGGACGCCAAGCGCUGCUGGACAGUCACAAGAACUUGGAGGAGCUGGCCAUCUACUGCGAGGAUUUCUAUGACAGUGCCACAACCCCUCAGGAAAAGGACAAGGCGCUGGAAGACAGCAAGCAGUAUGCCAUCCAGUCUCUGGCCAGCGUUGCGUACAUGGUCAACGCCAUGGCUACACACGUCCUGGAACUCUUCAACCAUCAGUAUUCCCAACUCAACAACUUGGAAUCAACCAUUCAUAAUAUCAAACAGAACAUCGACAUUCACAAGGAGAAGGUGGCACGGCGAGAAAUUGGCUUGAUGGCUGCCGCAAAGCGUAACUCUCGAGUACACCGCAUUACUGUGCCAGCUGAGCUAGAUCAUGGCCGCGGCUACCAGCGAACGCCGUACGACCUCAAUGCCCUGGACACGAUAGGGCACGGCUUCUCGAAAUCGGAUGGCAUGCAUCUACAGACGGCGGGAGGACGCCAGGGCCGGCGCGGAUCGGCACGGGGCUCCUCACCAUCGGGGACUCGCUCCUCCAUGCGCCAGUCUUUCAGCUCAAGCAACCCAUAUAGUAUGCAGGAGAAUCCUUUGUUUGUUGCUUCACCAAUGGCUCCGGCUGCGGUGGCUCCCCCCACGAUACCUGGUGGCGGCGGCAGUGGUAGUACUGGUGGCACGGUAUCACCGGCACACUCCGGGCACAGUAUUUCAAGUAUCGGUGCACCCAUGCCACCAACUUCACCAGCUCCACCGCCCAUGUCUGCAGCUCCACCACCACCGAUGGCCCCGGCACCACCACCAGGAGCUGCCAGCGGUGUACCGCCACCGCCAAUGGCCCCAGCAGCCCCGCCGCCGCCACCAGGAGUUCCCGGUGGGGUACUGCCACCACCGCAAGUGCCGCCGUCAAUGCCGGCAGCGCCUCCGCCACCACCAGGAAUGCCCGGUCCACCGCCGCCACCAGCAGGAAUGUCAGGUUCACCAGCACCUCCACCACCACCGGGAAUGCCUGGCCCGCCACCGCCUCCACCGGGAAUGCCUGGCCCACCACCGCCACUGAAUAUGCCGCCGCCAGAUGAGGUUCGGAUAUCACUUUCCGGACUACCGCCGAUGCCUAGAAGUCCGCCACCUCCAGACAUGCCAACGGGACCACCGCCCCCACCGGACAUGCCUGCCCCGCCGCCCCUGGAUAUGCUGCCCAUGGGCAUGCCGCCGCCAAUGGCACCGCCUGUGGCUCCGCCGAGCGCUCCGCCGAGUGCACCGCCGAGCGCUCCACCCAGCCUACCUAACAGCUCGCCGGCCUCACCGCCAAUGUCGCGCUCUCCACGCUCCAGCAUACCGCCGCCGCUGCUGCCUCUGGACGUGAUGCCACCGCCACCGCCCAUCGGCGACUCACAGGUGAAGAAACCAGUGCUCCUCGCAACCAGGGCGAGAAAUGAUGAUCGUGCAAGUCGUCGUCGAUCUACAGUAGCUGAUCUGCCACCACCUGGCCCGCCACCGGAGGAGCCACCACCACGUCCGCCAAGUCCCAUAGACGACUAUGACGGAGAGAAGGAAGAUCCCGCGUGGGCACCUGAGCAGUACAUUGAGAAAGUGACCACGAUGUAUGCGUACGAGAGGUGUCGCAGUGACGAGCUGUCGUUCGACGAGGGCGUGAUCGUCUACGUGACUCGCAAGAACGCCGACGGCUGGUACCACGGUGUGAUAGAGCCCGGCGUGGCCGGCGUCUUUCCCGGCAACUACGUGGAGGAGGACUCCUCGCAGAUGUAGCUCUAUUCGAUGAUCGUGAUGAUAUUGCAUGAGCUAAGAGGUUGUGACAUCGGCGGUAGUUGGAUGGCGAAGAAAGGGCCUGCUCCAAACCUCGCUAUUGCCAAUGGUGAGAGUAGGUGCAGCAUAACGUUACAUGUAUAGGCCGCAGCAGAAGCCGGCACGAAAUACAACACCCUGUACAUACCGGUAGCGGAGACUCGGCAAGUCUGCGAACGGCACUGUUUCAACGUUGCGGUCCGCCGUGGACUUAUCCGUGAAGCUCGUCCAACGUGGUGAACUGACUAUCACCCCCUCCCCCCCCCCUCCAUAUUGGCCUAUAUUCCCUGGCGAAUGGGAAGGUGACAUAAAUAAAUAAAUAACUAUUCCACACAUACUCAGUAAAUGCUCAAGUCAUUCGUGUAGGUAGUGGCAAUACAGAAUUCUAUUUACAGUAUAACUGCAUGUAGUGGCUAUCGAAUGCCGGCCCAUGAAGAUCGGCCCUACUGCCAGUACAGUAUACGAUAUAUGCACGUAUGUAACUCUUUGAUUAGUUUAUCGUGCAUGGAUGGUCUCGUAGCCAGCAUGGAAAUUAUUACGAUUUUUAAAAGACUCAGUUUCUGUUGAAAGGAUUGUUUUGUAUGGACAAUGGUGAUAUUAAUGUGACAGCUACCAUGAUAGCAUGCAUAAUUAUA